AUGGGCUCCGAAAUGGACACUUUUGUGGCCCGCCUGGCCAGCUUCGACAUCGUCAUCAAGCCCGAGAAGCGGAGAUCCUCCAGCGCAAAGAGCUCGAAACCAAUUGGGUGGCCGCACCAGAGCCCGUCACCCGCCGAGUUGGCGCAUGCAGGCUUCUACUACAAACCGUAUGAAACCAACCCCGACAACACCACAUGUUUUCAAUGUCACCGAGCACUCGAUGGAUGGGAAGAAGAGGACAGUCCCAUCGCGGAACACCUCAAGCAUUCGCCCGAUUGUGGGUGGGCGAUCAUGAUGGAUAUUCAGCAGCGCAGCUCGAACCCCGCCGCGAUUGAGGAUCCGACAAGUGACCGCAUCACCCAAGCGCGACUCGCGACCUUUGGCUCGGCAUGGCCUCAUGAUGGCAAGAAGGGCUGGGUGUGCCAAUCAGAGAAGAUGGUCGAAAGUGGCUGGUAUUUCUGUCCGAACGAAGAGAGUAAUGACCUUGCCAGCUGCGCUUACUGCAAGCUGUCGCUGGAUGGCUGGGAGCCGAAGGACGACCCUUUCGAUGAACACUACCGUCGCUCGUCCGACUGCUCCUUUUUCGCGUUCGCCAAACCCCCGAGCAAGAAGGGCAAAGGGUCUCGGACAAAAAAGCCCCGUACUUCCAAGGCGUCUUCUCGACUCUCAACCCAAUCCGUUGGCACUGUUACAUCUGAAGCACCUGAGAUGGGUGUCGACGAGUCGAUGGACCAGAGCAUCCUUUCCCAAUCCACCACCAAAUCCAAAGCCACAAAAACAUCUAAGGGCAAAGGAAAGAGUGCAAAGAGCAAGAAAGACGUCCCGACAGAAGCUGAGAGCCAGAUAGAUGUUGAAACUGCCGACCUCGCCCAGCCGGAGCCAUCAAAGCCUAAGCGGACAGGCAGAGGAAAGAAGAGAACCAGCGACCAGAUCAACAAUGACGAACCGGGCACCAUUGUUCAAGCAGAAACAGACACCACCGAACCGCCUACCGAGCCACCGGCCAAGAGACGGGCCACGAGAACCCGCAGCAGCAGCAUUUCCCGGACGCUCAAUUACGAGCCUGAUGACUAUGCGAUGCCAGAUGCGGCUCCGGCAGACGAAGCCCCUCAAGACGAAGCUAAAAAGAGCCGCAAGUCCUCCAAAAAAGGUGCCUCCAAGGCCCGCAAGGCCUCCGAUGCUUCCAUGACAUCAAAGUACACAAAGGCCCAAGGGCCGCGCGACUCGGAGAUAGAUGCUGCCCUUGAGGCUGAGCUCGAGGCUGAUAUCCCCGAACCGAGCGAGCAGGAACCAGAGCCCACUCAGCCGCGCACUUCGAAGAAAACAAAGUCCAGCAAAAAUUCCAAGGCAGUUGCCAAGGCUGAGCAACCUCCGCCGUACCUUGACCAGGAUCUUGGCGACCGGGAAGAAAAGGUGAAACCUCAUAUGGAGCCGGAACCUGUUGAACCCGCGGGGAUGGAAGAGCCUGAUGUGCCGCUCACGAAGGCAAAGGCCACUAAAGCUUCCAAGAAAAAGGGAAACAAGAAGACCAAAGGUAAUGAGACUAAGGCCGAAGAGCAAGAGACACAACAGUCGCCAGAGCCCAGACCUACCGUCGAUGACGGAGCUGACAACGAGCAUCAUGAGUCCUUUGUGUCGGUGGAAAUUAUCAACCGAGAACCCGAGCCUGCGCCAAAGCCUGAAGCGGAACCUGCUAGCAAGGUCACUUCCAAGAAGUCAUCAAAGAAGAAAGAUGCGCCGGCGGAUAAACCCAAGAAGUCUAAGAAGGCCGACAUGAAGGAGCAACAGGUGGCCCCUGCGCAACAAGUCGAUGACCACAAGGACACUGAAUCUCUACCGGAAGAUGAAGGAUUUGCGACACCAGAGGACAUGCCUGAUCAAGUGGACAUGAUCGAAGCUCCACGCGAGCAAACACCAGAGCGACAUGCCCACCGAAGGCCAUCUCAACUGCCCCCGAAGACAGCCAAAAGAUAUAGCGACAUCCCCCAAGAGGAGCAUCUUGCAGAGUCUCUCAUUGGGUCUCAACGAUCCCAUGAAGAUGAACAACAUGAGAUCCGCCGGGCUUCUGGCCAGUCUAACCGUCCUGUUUCGCCACUUCCGGUUGUUCAUCAAACCACGCCCUCGUUGUCACCACAGUCGUCUGAUGCUGAGAACCGGCCCCCAUCAUCACGGCCGUCGACAUCUCGGAUGCCUGCGCCUUCGGCAUCAAAGGAGCAGAGGAAUAGGACUCCCCUGGCAGUCAGCACCCCAUCGCCAUCGAAGCGCAAUGCCAAUGGAGGAUUGGGAGCCUCGAGACCUGCUUGGACUCCGGUUGAUAUUGACGAGGCCCUCUUUGGGGAAGCCAGCGACAAAGAGAAUGCGGACCUGUCUGGAAUGUUCAAGGGUUUUCAAGGUAGUCUGACCAGCCCGGAGAAGAAAAUGACAGUGGAAGAGUGGAUUACGUGGAAUGCGAAGAACGGCGAGGAGCGGUUGAAGAGAGAAUGCGAGCGACUGGUCAGCCAGUUCGAGAAGGAGGGCGGGCGAGCCAUGCGACGACUUGAAGCUAUUGACUGCAUGGACUAA